AAACCUCAACUUCACUUCUGCGAAAUGAGAAGCAGCCAGGCUUCCUGUGUAUGUGCAAGCAGGUAAUGCUUUUAAACAAGUCAUGCUUCAAACCGACAGUCUGCCGAUGACAAGUAAUCAUGCUAAUACAGAGUACAAGCGUGUGAAUCCAGACUCUUGGAACAGUCCCUUCUUAUACCUUCUCUUGACUCUCUGCUAAUACGAACAUAACUACUCCUCAGAGAUGGCUUGCGUUUGGUUGACUCUGGUAGUUUUUGCACUUCUCCCACAAGCUCUUUUCCAAACCCCGAUUGAGCCCUCAGAUUCUACAGAUACACCACAGACCAGACAAACCAGGGAUCCAGGGACAAAAGUGGAGGCAGAAAGUCCUAUAAUUCCGAAAAUUAGAACAGAAACUAAGGGUACUGAACCUCAGAGCACAGUCUCAUCAUCCAUCACCCAGAAUAUCUCUACCACUCAACCUGAUGAUGACAGUACUAUGGAUCCUGACAAUACCAAUGUGGAUGCUACUGAGGAACCUACGACUGAUUCACCUGAUCCUCAGGGCGCAGUCUCAUCAUCCAUCACUCAGAAUAUCUCUACCACUCAACCUGAUGAUGACAGUACUAUGGAUCCUGACGAGACCACUGCGGAUGCUACUGAGGAACCUACGACUGAUUCUCCUGAUCCUCAGGGCACAGUCUCAUCAUCCAUCACUCAGAAGACUACCCCUACAGUGGCAAGCACCACCACUGAAUCCCCACAAUCCAGCACAGCAAGAACAGAUAAUGCUACUAACAGCAAUGCUUCUUUUGCUAUUUUUCAUGACACAGGGACAAUCACACCAUACACCGAUGAUACGGAAACAUCAGAUUCCUCUGAGUACGACACAACAGAAACCACAGAACCCCCUGCUUCUUCUGCGGACUUCUCCACUACGUCCCAGAGCAACUCAACCAACUCCUCGGGCGUGGUUUUAAUCCUCAAGAAGGAUACCACCACGAGAACCAGCUUGACCACUGUGGCUGGAGAAGGCAGCUCCACCGGGACCACCACCCAAGCCAACCAAGGCAGGAAGUUCCCAUGCUCGACUGCGUUCCCCAGGAAAGGGGGCCUGGUGAGCCAUUGCCUGAUAGCCAUCGCUGUGCUGGCUGCGGUGGCCACCAUCUUUAUCAUCUGCACCAUCGUGUUGUGCACCAAGCUCUCUAGCACCAAGCAGAAGUACAAGAUGAGCGAAUGCCAGGGCACGGAGAUGACGUGCAUCUCUGCACUGCUGUCUGAUGCAGAGGCCUUUCCCAAAAACAAAGCCAAGGGCUCCAAAUCCAACGGCCGCCUGAUCACAAACGUGGAAGACAGCGAGGGGGAUGAUCUCACACUUCACAGCUUUUUACAGCCAUAACAAUAAACCUUUGAAGUACAAUAAAAUACAAUACAAUACAAUACAAAUGUAUUUUUAUAUAGCGUACCUUCAUGCCCUGGCAUCCCAGAACCCUGUACAAAACAAGAGCGCUCAUAUGUACAAUACACUGCUGCAGCUACAACCAAUUAUAUAAGAGCACAUUCAGUAUGUUUUCAAUGCAGACUUACGAUAACUUCACACAGAGCAACGAGACUGGCUGCCAUUAGUUUGCUGUCAUGUGCGUGUCAAUAUUAAGCUAUGCUAUACCAACAAAUCCAUUUCUUUACCUGCAACAUUUGUUUUUGGAUGUCUGGAAAAUAAGUGAUGCUGGAGUGAGAGAACAAUUACAAAGUAAAAUGCAAGUGGAAAAAAAAACAUGAACGUUAAAUAAGGUACUGUAGGACAUUCAAAGACAAAACCAAACAAAGGGGUAUUGUAGUUUAACCCACUUCCCAUUUUAGGGUGUUGUUCUUUACCUUUGAUUAUAAAUUCCAUAUUGUAAUUGCAAAAGGGGAAGCAGAAGUCAAAUUGUCGUUUUCUAAACAUCCCUACAAAGCUGUACAAAGCCUGGUUCUGCCCGCAGAAACAUCAUCUAUUGUACUCACAUAGCCUUACCGUGUCCGAAACAUACAAAGGACUUGUAAAUAAUCAGAGAACCAUCAUUUCUUGAGAUGAUUUUGUUAACAAAAGUGGAUAGAAAGUGAUGUCCAGUUGGCGCCUUCAUUGUCCAACAGCACAUGAGCGGUAAACAUGAUAAGGAAUGCUGGACUAAGACACAAGAACAAAGCUACAGACUGUUUGGGACAUUUUAACUAAGCUCCAGUGCAACGUUUUCAGCACUUUUUAAUAUAAGCUGGGGUCCAGUGUGAUCAGUACGAUCCACACCAUACUAUUUAUACAUAGUUCAAUUGAACCUCAUUGCUUCUGGGAAGACACAUUGAAACAAGGCAAUCAGGAUGCCAAAGGACUAUGGAUAGUGUCUAUGUGGAUCAAGGGCUGGUGCCAUUAGAUGGCUGUCAUUUCAGUGUCACUGAGAUUAGUCCUCUGGUUCCCUGUAGUACAAGUGACACGCUCAUGCAAGAGUGACACAGCAAGAAAGCACCACAAGAUCACAUAACUCAUUUACAUGCAUUUAUACUUAUCUAAUACUGCCUUUUUGUUAGAAUUAAACAAGCUUAUUUUUUAAAUGCAUUUAUUCUUAACAAAAACUUUUUAGCUGUACUGUAUUAAUCUACACUGUUGUACAGAAACACAGUCUUGUAAUUGUGGAUCAUUGUACAAUACCCCUUACUUAAACAAACACUAUAAUUUUACACAAACUUCCACAAAUGUUAGAACCUUGAAGAGAAAGAAACUGGGAGAUGGUGACAGUUUGGAAUGCAUGCCCAAAUUACGUACGUGAUCAUCGAGAUGGCUAAGCCCCUUCAUGUUGUACAGUUAACCUCUUCUGUAUUUGUACUGCAAUGCAUUUUGAUUGGUUCAAUGGAAUUUUACUGCAGAAUAUACAUAAUAAAUAUACUAAUUUAA